AUGCUCAGUAAUUGCACCCAGUUGCGUCACAGCAAUGCGCACCAAGGGUUGAUACGUCAUCAAAGGCAGACGAAGUAUCACAAGAAAGCCGCCGUAAAAAUGCUCUUCUACUCGUUUUUCAAGUCGCUGGUGGGGAAGGAUGUGGUGGUGGAGCUCAAAAACGACUUGAGCAUUUGCGGAACGCUUCAUUCUGUUGACCAGUAUCUAAACAUUAAGUUGACAGACAUCAGCGUCACUGACCCAGAGAAAUAUCCACAUAUGCUGUCUGUGAAAAACUGUUUCAUCCGCGGCUCCGUGGUCCGAUACGUCCAGCUGCCGGCAGAUGAGGUGGACACUCAGCUGCUGCAGGACGCCGCGCGAAAAGAAGCCAUGCAGCAGAAGCAGUGACGAGGGGGAGAGGGCUUCGGGGUGGGGGGUUCAGUCUUGGGGUGGGACUUUUGUAACGGGGAAUAAUAAUGACGUGUUUGAGUUCUGAGUUAGCUUCGUUUCUAGAUGGAAAAAUAGCCAGCGGCCGGUGGGGGUCCUGCCAGCGGGGCUCUGCGUAACAGUGGAGAAUUUCAGGUGCAUUCCCGACAUUUAGCGAUCAAUGAUUUGUGUAAUUAUUGGAAGUCACCUUUACCUCAGAGGCGGUUUAGAGAUCUUUUUGUUUUUGUUGAAAAGCCAAACGCAUAUUAGAGCCCAGAGAGAUGAGGUAAAGAUCAGCUGUGAUGUUUUUGUUGACGGUCUUCUCACAUUGUUAAAAAAAAACUACUUUUUUUUAAUGCUACUUGGAAAUAAAAGUUAUUUAUAUUUUG